GACGUAUGUUGGGCGCUCUUUCGAUUUGUAUGAUUGUCUCAGGGUAGACAUGACGGUCAAAAGAAGGAACCAUGGAAGAAACAAGAAGAAUCGCGGACGCUGCACAUUCAUCCGCUGCACCAACUGUGGUCGUUGCUGUCCAAAGGAUAAGGCCAUUAAGAAGUUUGUCGUGAGAAACAUUGUCGAGGCCGCUGCUGUGCGAGAUAUCGGAGAGGCUUCCGCUUAUAUGCAGUAUGCUCUGCCAAAGCUCUACCACAAGCUUCACUAUUGCGUCGCCUGCGCGAUCCACAGCAAGGUAGUUCGUAACCGAUCUCGAGAUGCCCGCAAGGAUCGUAAUCCCCCUCCUCGUUUUGGUCAACGUACCGCACAAGCUCGUCCAGGAGUUCCUGGUGGACCACGUCCUUGA